GACGUUUCGCUCAGAUUGUUGAAUGCUAUGGCGCCAUUUUGCUAAACAAAAAAAGCUACAUUGACUAUUGUUUGCUGUAACGUUCGUGUUUUAAUCAGUGAUAGUUAGUAAAAUUAGCAACUAGUUGUACAUAAGUGACGAAUAUUUCAGUUACUACGACGCCCCUCACUACGCUUGUCUUAAGGUUACCUACCGGCUCAGAUACUCGUGUUACAAGCCAUCGAAAUGGGCAAAAAGAAGCAGCAAGCGCAAGUCGAAGAAAGCAGCGACAGCGACGCGGAGGAGUAUUCCGUCGAGAAGAUCUUAGAUAGGAGAGUAGCGAACGGGAAAGUCGAGUAUUUCCUAAAGUGGAAAGGUUAUUCCGAAGACGACAACACUUGGGAGCCCGAAGAUAACUUAGAUUGCCCCGAACUAAUAGCGGCGUUCGAGAAGAACCGCAAAGCCAAAUUAGCCAAUAAAAAAGGGAAGAAGAGGACCAGAGAAGACUCCACUUCCUCUGUAGAAUCCAAUGGAUCUACUAAGAAUAAGAAAAGAAACAAAUCAUCCGAAUCCGAUUCCGAGAACAUUUCCAUAAAAUUAAAGGACGAUUCCGACGAUGAGGCCUCACCGAAGAAGACCCCGAAAGCCUCGGAGUCCAAGAAAAAGUCCAAAGACAAAGACUCGGAUUCCGAAAGCGAGAAGAAGCCGAAAUCGAAGAAGAAGGCCUUAGACGCGGAUAAGAAGAAGUCCUUGGACGCGGAGAAGAAGAAGAAAAACGGCGUACAGUCGAAAAAUUCCGACGACAGCGACGACGAGGAGGCAACGAAGAAGAAGAAGAAACGACCCUUGUCGAAGGCCGAUAGCGAUUCGGAAGGGGAGAAAACGAAUAAGAACAAAGUCGAUAAAUCGAAGGAUAAGAACGAGGACGAUGAGAACCUGAACGACUCUAAAAGGAAUAAAAAAGAGACAAAGGAGAAGAAACAGGUGCUCAAAUUGAAAGAAAAGAGCGGCUCGGCCUUCGACAAGGGCUUGGACGCCGAGAAGAUUAUCGGUGCUUCUGAUACCACCGGGGAACUAAUGUUUUUAAUGAAAUGGAAGGAUUCAGAAGACACAGAUCUUGUUUUCGCCAAGGAAGCUAACGUUCUCUGCCCUCAAGUAGUCAUCAGAUUUUACGAAGAAAGAAUCACUUGGCAUACACCCGAAGAAUCUUAGAAAUCACGUUGAUUUCCAAGUUUAGUUCGAUAAGAUUUUUUAAGGUUAUAACCAUAUAAAUAUUUUUUAUUCAAGAUAAACAGAGAAUUGAAUCCAUUUAAUGUUCAGUUCAGUUGAUGGGUUGAUCACGCGAGUCGAGUUCAGUUUAAGUUAUGUUUUGUUUUUUUUUUAUUAAAAUUUAUAAAACUAAGGUUUGCAUUUAAAUUUGCCCAUUUCAACGAAUUUUCGAUUGUUUACGAGUUAUUUCUGCUGUAGUGACUAAAAAAUAGUUGCAGACUCCACAGAAAACUUCAAAAACCGUUAAGAAACUCAUUUAAUACUGCAUCUGUUGUGUAUUCUCGUAUGUUGUAUUAAUUUACAUUUAGCUUAUGUUAGAAUAUUUGUACGAAAUAAAUUUAAAAAAAAACGACUACGGUAUGUAUUUGUCUCCUUUGAGUCCCGUCACUCCGGCGCCUUUUACUCGAUAUACAGUACCUGCAGGAGGACCGGGAGGACAUCCAUCAGUGGCUAUUCGCGCCGUAGUAACGUACAAAUCUUCGAAUUUGGGGCCCCCGAAAACUGCCGAUGUUACCU